CUGCAUAGAAGGCUAUGGCUCCCACAAGAUGCAUCAUUCUGGGAGGCGGGGUAGCAGUCUUGGCUAUCGGUUACCACUAUGAGGUCAUUGGGACAGUCCUGUCUCUGUUGGUUCAUUGUGUGAUAGCCGUACUAGGUAUCUAUCUUGGUGUGACUUGGUCUCUUGUCCAGGGAAAAACAUACAAACCUGCUUCCCAGCCCCGGGAGUCAAAGAUGGCACAGGAACUCAUCAAAUUAAUGGAAAAAAGGUAUGAGAAGAAAUCGGAGACAAAGAAAGUAGUGAUAACAAGAAAUGUAGAUGGCGCUUUACAGGAAGUGCUAGACCUUAUCAUGAGAGACUAUAUCAUGUCAUGGUACGCUGAUCUGUCUAAGGAACAUGAAGCAUUUUUAAGUUCUCUAAGAAGUGACAUAUGGGUGAUGAUUGAGUCUUUGACAAAUCGAUUGAAGAAGAUAGACAAAAUGAAGUUGAUUACAGAGGACGUCAUUCUGAAAAUUCACAAACAUUUCCAGGAAAUCAGAGAAUACAGAAAGAGAGAAGAUGACAAAAUAGCCAAGAAAUUCAUUUUACAUCCCUGGCUGGAUAACGAGGAGACGGAGACAGAGUUUCUGAGGAAGGUUUGUGAAUCUCUGCUGAUAGCACUGCUGCCUAAGGAAUACAUUCGCUGUCAUACACUGCGGAGAAUGCUGAGGGAAAUACUGACAUCAUCAGUUCUGAAUCCCUCUGUGGACAUGAUAUGUGAUCCAGACUACAUAAACCAGAAACUGAUAAAUUACAUCGAUUACCGAAGACAGCUUUCUGAGGACACUCGUAAGAAAUAUACGUAUGCCGCUACGUACGAGGAAUUCGUGAAACUCAUUGACAAGUGUGACGAUAUAGAGCACCUUAAACAAAUAAGAUACAAUAUCAUGACAGAAAUCAUUCAUGCUACAACCAUUCAGAACAUUAAAAAGGAACAGAACAUUCCAGAAAAACCUUUAAAACCUGGUGAGAAAGGACCAUCUCGGGCCACGGGUAAAGGGGAUCUUCUAAAAGCUAGAAAUCUGAAAAGAUACAUCAAUCAGCUUACUAUUGCCAAAGUUCACAGUGAGAAGAGAAUACAUGCCUUAGGGGGACCAGAUUACAAGAGCUAUGAAACAACAGAGGACCCAGAGGGAAUGGUCACAAAGAGUACCAAGAUUUUGUCCUUUGAAGAAGUGAUGGAUUCAGUGGAAGCUAAAACGGAAUUUUACAAAUUUUUAGAAAAAGAUGACAACCAUUCCUUGCUUGGAUUUUGCAUGGCUGUAGAAAGGCUUGAGACUGCUGAAAAGAGGAAGCAGUAUCAGUUAGGGAAGGAGAUAUUUGACAAAUACAUCGCCAGUAGUACCAGUGUGGUCAAGCUGGACAGGGGAACCGUGAAGGACAUGGAGGCGUUCUUACUGGGGAACUCACCGGACUAUGAAGCAUUUGAGAGGGGAGAGAAGACUGUCUUGGACAUCUUGAAGAAGCAGUACUAUCCAUCAUUUCUUGUCAGUGAUAUUUACCAUAAAUAUAUCAAGUCCUUAGAACAAGAUACCCCAGCUGAUCUCACAGAACAAAGGAAAGAUUUACUGUUCUUCCAGCCUGACAGUGAUGAGGAGGAGGUCUACAUGGACUUUAACAGUGAUGACAGUGUUAUCUUUAAGGAUCAGUCUUACUUCGCUCAGCAGAAACUGGAGCAGCUGGAUGGGAAAAUCCAGAACAAGAGCCAUGCACUUAAAGCGAUCAGAGAAUCACGGAAAAUGGAUGAUGCGAAGACAGAGAAGAUAGAGAAGGACUUGGAGGGGGAGCUGGAGCAGCUGAUCCUACAGAGGAGGCAGCUAGAGAUCCACAUCCUGAGGACACAGAAGUGGUGCGAGAACCAGGGCUCCUGGAGGGCCACUAUCUACGAGGCCCAGAUUGUUGAGGAGGAUGAUAAGAGGAUCCCUACCUUUGUUUUGAUCGUACAUCUGACCGGACAGGAAAAGUCCUACAAUCUCCAACACAGUGCUGAGGGCUGGCUAGUCACCAGAACUAUCCCAGACUUCAACAGACUCCACGAGAAACUCAUAGAGAUUGGACCUUGGUUGAAGAAGAAAGAACUUCCAUCUGUGAGGCGAUUCACGACACUGGACGACAAAUUCUUGACUGAGUGUAAGAGAAUACUGAAUGAUUAUCUCAGUGCCGUAAUGAAGGACGGAAUGAUGGCCCAGAGUGAGGCUCUCUACGGCUUUCUGACGCCUACACCGGAGUUCUUCAUGCACAGAAAACCAGAAAAAAAGAAAGAAUUCUUCAUCACCUCCAUUAUUAAAAGCUUGCCCAUUGGUCAGUACAAGCAAGUGAACGAGGAUGAACUUAAACUGGUGGAUGAAGAGGAUGAUGGGUAGGGAUCAAUGUGGUGUCUCUCUGACUGCAGACUGUAAAGUCAUGUCUGUACUGUGAUGUUUAAUAUUAAAAAUGAAUUCAAAGGUUG